CCAAGAUGGCGGCGCGCCGGGGCCGGAGAGACGGAGUCGUGCUGCCCCCGACUGGGGGCCCCGGCCCUGACCCCGGCGGCGGAGUCCGCGGAAGCGGUUGGGGGAGUCGGAGCCAAGCACCGUAUGGCACGGCGGGCACCGUCAGCGGUGGAGAGCAGGUAUUGCUGCAUGAUGAGGGGGGUGAUUCUGGCUUUGUCAAUCUGUCAAGGCUGGGCCCGUCUCUGAGGGAGAAAGAUCUGGAAAUGGAGGAUCUGAUACUGCAGGAUGAGACACUACUGGAGACCAUGCAGAGCUACAUGGAUGCCUCCCUCAUUUCCCUCAUUGAGGAUUUUGGGAGCCUUGGAGAGAGCAGGUUAUCUCUGGAGGACCAGAAUGAAAUGUCACUGCUCACAGCUCUGACGGAGAUCUUGGACAAUGCAGAUUCUGAGAACCUGUCUCCGUUUGACAGCAUUCCUGAUUCGGAGCUACUUGUGUCACCUCGGGAGGGCUCCUCUUUGCACAAGCUGCUCACACUCUCUCGGACACCCCCAGAACGUGACCUUAUCACCCCAGUUGACUCACUGGGACCUGGCACAGGCAGUAGUAGAGUUGAAAUGUCUCUUACAGACUCUUCUUGGGACUUUUCCCCACCUUCCUUCCUGGAGACCUCUUCCCCUAAACUGCCCAGCUGGAGACCUGCAAGAUCAAGACCACGUUGGGGCCAGUCCCCUCUUCCCCAACAGCGCAGUGAUGGAGAGGAAGAAGAAGAGGUCGCCAGUAUUAGUGGCCAGGUGCUUGCUAGGGAACUUGAUAGUUCUGUGAGCAGUACCACAGACUUUCCCAUGCACCUGGCCUGCCCUGAGGAGGAAGAGAAAUCAACAGCAGUAAAGGCAGCAGUGCCAGUACCUGGUGAUGAGAGCAUCUCCUCCUUGAGUGAGCUGGUGCGGGCAAUGCACCCGUACUGCCUACCCAACUUCACCCACCUGGCAUCACUGGAGGAUGAGCUUCAGGAGCAGCCAGAUGAUUUAACACUGCCGGAGGGUUGUGUGGUUCUUGAGAUUGUUGGCCAGGCAGCCACAGCUGGUGAUGAUCUGGAGAUCCCAGUUGUAGUUCGGCAGAUCCCUGCUGGACCCCAGUCUGUGCUCUUGGAUGACUCACUGGAGGCUACUCCUGCCUUGCAGCUGAUCAUGCCCACUUUGGAGUCAGAGACAGAGGCUGCUGUGCCCAAGUUAGAUACUUGCCCUGAGAAAGAGGGGCUCUUGCUGGACUCAGCCUCUGUAUUGGAGCCCAGGGAGGUCAUAGAGCCAAUGAUACCCAAAGGGCCUUCAAACCCACCUGUCAAGGCAGUUCUGGGUUCCCAGAGAGUUCCCAGAAAGAGCAGGAAGAAGAAGAGCAAGGAGCAGCCACCAGCCUCUAUGGAAGGUUAUACCAGAAGGCUGAGGUCAUCCUCCCGUGGGCAGACUACAGUAGCUACAGAAGUGACCUCUCAGGCAAGUGGCUUGCAGAAACAGCCUCAGGAGGAACUUCAGAGAAAAGCUGGGCCUCCCCAGGGCAGGGGGAAACCAAGGGCUUGGGCUCGGGCCUGGGCAGUGGCAUUGGAGAAGCCUGGCUCUGAGAACUUGGAGAGAAAUGCUGGACAAGGCAGUCCUCCUCAAGAAGAUUCUCCAGAUCUUUGCUCCAAGGUGGUCGAUCCUAAUCAACCUAGCCCUGUGCCAACCCAUAGCUCCCUGGUUGACUCUGUUCAAGCUGACCCCAUGCCAGUUGACUCUGCGGAAGCCAAUCCCACUGCAGUUGAUCCCAAUGUAACUGAUCCUGUAGCUGGUGAUCCAGCACCAGCCAGUUCAGAGCUGGUUGACCCUCUCCCAGCUGACCCAGUGCUGACUGGCCCAAUCCUGGCUGACUCAUCGGAGACAGCAGCUGACCCUGUAGUGGUUGUUCCCAUCUCAGACAACUUGCCACCAGUUGACCCUGUGCUAGUUAAGUCCAGACCAACUGACCCCAGACGAGGUGCAGCAGCAUCAAUUCAAGGGAGUUCAGCUUCCCAUCUCCUAGACUCAGAGUCUUUAGACCCUCCAAAGAUCAUUGUCCCUGAAGUCAAGGAGGUUGUAGGUCCUGUGAAGGUAGAAAGUACUAGCAAUACCACAACCCAGGAAGCUAGACCUCGGCCUCUCAGCCUUUCUGAGUAUCGGCGACGAAGGCAACAACGACAAGCAGAGGCAGAAGAGAAGAGUUCCCAGCCCCCAGCUGGGAAGUGGCCCAGCCUCCCAGAGACCCCUACAGGGCUGGCAGACAUCCCUUGUCUUAUUCCACCAGCCCCAGCCAAGAAGACAGCUCCUCAGAGAAGCCCUGAAGCUCCCCCAGAGGUUUGCUUUGUGCCCGUGGCUCCCAGCUCUUCUCCUAGUCCUGAGCCAUCUGCAAGCAAACCCAUGGCCUCAACUUCCACUGAACAGGUGCCAUCCCAAGAGAUGCCACUGCCAGCAAGACCUCCCCUUCCUGUGCAGUCUGCGUCUCCUGUUGGGCCCAUGCCUCCCACAAUGCCCACUCCUUUGCCUUUCCCCCCUAGUGGGCUGGGCAUGCCCCCUAUGCUGCCCCUUCCCUCAAGUGGGCAUGGGAUCCCCAGUCUGCCCCCACCUCCCUUGCAGCCUCCUGCACUUCCAGUGUCUAUGAGACCCAUGCCACCUGAUCCCUUUACUCACUAUGCCCCUGUGCCACCCUGGCCUUGUUACCCUCCUGUGUCCCCUUCUGGUUAUCCUUGCCUGCCUCCUCCACCAUCGGUGCCCUUAGUGUCUGGUGCUCCUGGUGCCUAUGCUGUGCCCCCCACUUGCAAUGUGCCUUGGGUACCUCCACCUGCACCAGUCUCACCUUACGGCUCCAGCUGUACUUAUGGGCCCAUGGGAUGGGGCCCAGGACUACAACACCCUCCAUUCUGGUCUGCUGUUCCCCCACCUCCUUUGCCCCCAGCCUCUGUUGGGAGAGCUGUUCCCCCACCUAAGGUAGAGCACAGUGGCAUUCCAGCCAGCCCUUCUGAAAAUGUACUUCCUGUGCCGAUGGUUCCUCCCCUCAAUCUUGAGUCAACCAAUCCCAUAGCUCCACAAAUAGAACCCACCAUGGUUGAGGUCAAGCCAGUGCCUGCAUCUCCCCCUCUGAAACACCAGGUAUCCUCCCUGGUGCAAAGCUCCCAGAUCAAGACUCCAUCUCUGCCUGCUGAGGGUGUAGCUGUUGAGGAACCUACAUCAGAGAGGCUAAAGCCUGAGGCCCAGGAGACCAGGCCCAAGGAGAAGCCCCCCUCUCCUGCUAUCAAGGCUGUUCCCAUAACAAGGCACAACACUGUCCCCAAAUUGCCUGCUGUCCACCCAGCUCGUCUAAAGAAGCUGUCCUUCCUGCCUACUCCAUGUGCCCAGGGUCCUGAGGAUGUGGUACAGGCUUUCAUCAGUGAGAUUGGAAUUGAAGCAUCAGACCUGUCCAGUCUGUUGGAGCAAUUUGAGAAAUCAGAAGCCAAAAAGGAGUGUCCGCUCCCAGCUCCUGCUGACAGCUUGGCUGUAGGAAACUCAGGCAGCAUUGACACUCCCCAGGAGAAGAGGCCCCUAGACCGGUUACAAGCCCCUGAACUGGCCAACGUGGCAGGGCUCACCCCUCCAGCUACCCCUCCCCACCAGUUAUGGAAGCCCCUGGCUGCUGUCUCUCUGCUGGCCAAAGCCAAAUCUCCUAAGUCCACCGCCCAGGAGGGAACCCCGAAGCCUGAAGGAGUUACAGAGGCCAAACAUCCAGCUGUAGCCUGCCUGCAAGAAGGGGUCCAUGGCCCUAGUCCAGUCCAUGUGGGCUCUGGGGACCAUGACUAUUGUGUCCGAAGCAGGACACCUCCCAAAAAGAUGCCUGCCCUAGUCAUUCCAGAGGUGGGCUCCCGAUGGAACGUCAAACGCCAUCAGGACAUCACUAUCAAACCUGUUCUGUCCCUGGGCCCAGCCACUCCCUUCCCAAGCACAACUGCCUCCCAGGAACCACUUGAUCACAGGACUAGCAAUGAGCAGGCAGAUCCCUCGGCAUCUUGCCUUGACCCAUCUGCCUUGCUGUCUCCUGAGGCCUCACCCUGCCGGAAUGAAAUGAACACUAGAAUUCCCCCUGAGCCCUCAGCCAAGCAGCGGUCAGUGCGCUGUUACCGAAAAGCCUGCAGGUCAGCCAGUCCCCCAAGCUGUGGCUGGCAGGGCCGUCGUGGCUGCAGCAGCCGUUCUGUCAGCUCUGGGUCCAACCUGACCAGCGAAGCAUCUUCCUCAUCCUCAUCGGCGUCUUCCUCAUCCCGGUCCCGGUCCCGGUCCAGGUCCCUGUCCCCCCCCCACAAGAGGUGGCGAAGGUCUAGCUGCAGUUCUUCUGGACGUUCUAGAAGAUGCUCUUCUUCUUCUUCCUCCUCUUCCUCCUCUUCCUCAUCCAGUUCCCGAAGCCGAUCUCGCUCCCCAUCCCCUCGCCGGAGAAGUGACAGGAGACGGUGGUACAGUGCUUAUCGUUCACAUGACCAUUACCAAAGGCAGAGAGUUCUGCAGAAGGAGCGGGCAAUAGAAGAAAGAAGGGUGGUCUUCAUUGGGAAGAUACCUGGCCGCAUGACUAGGUCAGAGCUGAAGCAGAGGUUUUCUGUUUUUGGAGAGAUUGAGGAGUGUACCAUCCACUUCCGUGUCCAAGGUGACAACUAUGGCUUCGUCACUUACCGCUAUGCUGAGGAGGCAUUUGCAGCUAUUGAGAGUGGCCACAAGUUGCGGCAGGCUGAUGAGCAACCUUUUGAUCUUUGCUUUGGUGGCCGCAGACAGUUCUGCAAGAGGAGUUAUUCUGAUCUUGACUCCAACCGGGAAGAUUUUGACCCUGCUCCUGUAAAGAGCAAAUUUGAUUCUCUUGACUUUGACACAUUGUUGAAACAGGCCCAGAAGAACCUCCGGAGGUAACCCUGGGCCCUCUCAAACUACCCACCCCCUUUCUUUGGAGGUGUCCAACCUCUUCCAUCCCCCCCUCCCCUACUCUAGGGGAGAGAGCUGCUAGCGAGGAGAUGACUUUUAUAAGAAAUGGAAAAAAAGUGAAAUAAAAAAUGUGUUAAAUCAGA